AAAUAUAAAUAUAAAUAUAUAUAUAUAUAUAUCCUAGAGAGAGAAACAAAAGGCACUAAAGGAAAUAAGUCUACCCUCUCCUCUCCAUUCACACUCCUCAAAAACUUUCUUCAUUUGGCAAAGAAUAUAAACAAUUCCUAGCUGAGAAAGGAAACACGGAUUUCGUGUGUUUGGGCAAUUUCAACACUUUGUUUCAGAAUUUUCAAUUGAACUUUUUUUUUUCACUUCGCCGGUGAUUGAAUUUAGCCCUACCGGAGAUACGGCGAUAGGAUGAAUCACCGGGUGCCGGAUUUUCAUGAGAUGGAAGAGGAUUGUGCAAUUCCGACUUCUGCUGGUUUGUUCAGACCCAGGAAAACUGCUAUAGAGGAGGAUGAAAUUAUGGAGCUGAUGUGGCAGAACGGCCAGGUUAUGGUCCAGAAAUCAGCAAACAGGGCUCCGUAUGUCGGCGGCGGCGAAGCGGCGGAGCAAGCGGUGGUGAGAGAGAUCCGGGGGGAGUGGAGCGGAGGAGGGGCAGCAUUUGUUUAUGCAGGAGGACGAGAUGGCGUCUUGGCUACAGUACCCGAUUGAGGACUCCUCCUUCACUCGUGAUUUGUACGCGGAUGAUCUUUUCUACACAGCACCAGUCACCAGCGCCGCUCCACCUCAGUCCGUCGCGGAGAUCCGUCCCCAACCGGCGCCGCCUCGCCCGCCUCCUGUCCCACCGCCGCCUCAGAAAUCUGGAGUUUCCCCUCACUUGCAUACUUUCGGGCAUUUCUCGAGGCUUCCGAGCAGGCCGAGGAUCGAGCCGGCGUCGAAGCCGUUAGUAAACACGGUUAGGGAAUCUACAGUUGUGGAAUCGAACGAGACACCGAAGGCGGUUGCGGCGCCGGAGUUUGGGGUUUCACAGAGUAGGAGGCAGGUGUAUGCAAGGAAUGGCAAUGCGGCGGUGCGCGGAGGAUUGGCUCGUCUCCCAUGUGAGGUCACCGUGACUUCUUCUGUGGACGGCGGCUCGAGAGCGAGUUUCAGCUCCAGCGCCGAGCCAAGUCCGCCGAAUGAGAAGGCUCCGCAGUCGGAGGCGGCGGAGGACCGAAAGCGGAAAGCCAGAGAAGACGACGAUAACGAGUGUCAAAGUGAGGAUUUCGAAUAUGAAGCCACCGAAGCUAAAAAGCAAUCCCGUGGUGCGACGUCAACAAAGAGAUCUCGAGCGGCUGAAGUACACAAUUUAUCAGAAAGGAGGCGCCGAGACAGGAUUAAUGAAAAAAUGAAGGCGUUGCAAGAACUGAUACCUCGCUGCAACAAGUCGGACAAGGCUUCGAUGUUGGACGAGGCCAUUGAGUACAUGAAAUCACUACAAAUGCAACUGCAGAUGAUGUCCAUGGGAUGUGGGAUGGUACCUAUGAUGUACCCCGGUAUGCAGCAAUACAUGCCUACAAUGCUAAUGGGAAUGGGGAUGAACCGGCCAAUGAUGCCGUAUCCAUCAAUGGUACCAGGUUCUCCGAUGCCAAAUCCGGCGAAUAUGGGACCUAGAUUCCCCAUGCCACCAGGGUUUCACCUACCACAAACUCCUUUACCUGAUAAUUGUUCAAGAAUUCAGGGUUCUAAUUCUAACGAUCCAACGCAAAAUUCAAGCCAACCUGGACCCCACAAUUUUGUUGAUCCGUAUCAUCAGUUUCUUGGUCACCAUCACCAGCAGCAGCAGCAGCAGCAAUCGCCACUACCACAGAAUCAAGGAGGGGUGCAACUUACAGCGACGAAGCAGGAUACCAAUAAAGAAGAUCGAAAUCCUGAGAAUAAGCAAUCUGGUAAAAAGUGAUUGUAAUAUACUAUCUUUCACACAAGAACAUGAAUAUAUGUAGGAUCAUAUGCAGAAUGUAAUAGAUAUUUAAGUUAUUGUUGGCUGUCUCAGCUUGCAAGUGUAAUUUAGACCAAUUUUGCUCUCA